CGCAGCACCACGGCUCGUCUCAGGCCGCCACGAUUGUACCGCUGCGUCGGCCUCGCUGCAUCCUGACUCUCGACCACUACCAUCUCAACACCCCUGGUCAAGCGUACAACCAUGAGCGCACCCGUCACCGGCGUCUUUGUGCUCGUGCGCCACGGCGACCGCCAGGGCUUCUACCAGAACCCCAUCUCCUACGCCGCAUCGGACACCAACCUGACUGUGGCAGGCUAUCUGCAGGGCUAUGCCAACGGCCAGGAUCUGCGCCAGCGCUACCUCAACGACUCGAGCGCGACGCGCAUUGCGAGCCUGGAUGCGCAAGUGCAUCGCGGCAGGAGCGUCAAGAUUGUCGCGGAUGCGGGGGGAGAGGGGAGUGUGAUUGUCGACACUGCCAAUGCUCUCGCUCAAGGACUCUACCCGCCCUACCCCGAGUCCAUUACCCUCGCCAACGGCCAGAAUGUGACGUGGGAGAACCGGGCACAGCUCAUCGAGAUCGAGACAGUCGAGCCGGAGCAGUCGGUUGCGCUCGAGGGAUGGACGCAAUGCAGUGCAUGGCAGCAGCGCCUCGCGGAGUACUACGAGACGCAGUGGGGCCGGCAAUCGGCCUUCCUGGCAGAGACCUUCUACAACCGCACCGACGUGCUAGGCGAUCGACCUCGCAAGUACCAGAACGCCUGGAAUCUCUUCGACUUCCUCAACGUCGAGUCGAUCCAUAACGCCACCCUCGCGCCUCAGAUCUCCGACGACACCCUGUUCCGCGCCAAGCGUUUCGCCGACAUUCACGAGUCUUACGCUUUCGGCCCACCUGAGGUGGGAUCCAUCGGCAACAUUGCCGGCCACGCCUUCUCCGCUACGCUGCUCGACGACAUGUCGCGCCUCUCCAACGCCAGCGACGCGCUCAGCAUCAGCAUCGUCGCCGCGUCGUACAAGCUCUUCCUGAGCAUGGCCACGCUGCUCGACGUGCAAGAGUACAUGCCGCGUGACUCCGUCGUCGACUAUGCCUCGACGUUCCUCUUCGAACUGCACAGCGACGACUCGUUCCGGCUGCUCUUCCGCAACGGCUCUGCGGGCGAGUGGGCGCCGCUGUCCAUCCUCGGCGCCGAGGCGGGCGCGCUGCUCCCACGCGCGCAGCUCGAGCAGCACCUCAGGCCGCUGGCCGUCGAGUCGCUGGCCGAGUGGUGCGAUGCGUGCGGCGAGACGAGCGCGAGGGGCUGCGACACGCUGGCGGCGCUCAACGGCACGGGCGGAGCUGGCUUUGCGAGCCCGGCAAGCACGGAGGGCAGACAACGAGUGAGCCCCGUGGUGGCGGGCGUCAUUGGCGCACUCGUGGCGCUGGCCGUUGCCGCGGCGCUGCUGGCGCUGUGGGUGUGGGUGAGAGGCAUGCCGGCGUACACUGGCCACGCUGGCGAGAAGAAGAAGAAGCGCGGCGGCGGCGGGUACGCUGGACAUGAACUCUCGCCGCGCAGCUCGAACCCACACGCCGGCUCCCAGGCCGAGCUCGUGAGCGGCAAGCCGGCGGCUGCCGAGGCUUGAGCUCGAGAGCCAAGAUGUACAUAACUAAGACUCGACCUCCCGCACUCCCUCGCUGGAUUGCAGGUCGUAGGUCGUUGUCGCUCGAUCCGUGUUUCGUCAAAUGAAUACCAACCUUUGCUUGCUGCUCG